AUGGAGGCUCUGAGUUGCGACUGUAAUCCACAUGGAAGUACUCGUUUCUCUUGUCAAGAAUAUGGUGGACAAUGUUCUUGUCGACCAAAUAUAAUUGGUCGCCAGUGUAAUCGUUGCGCUGUUGGAUAUUACGGUUUUCCGAAUUGCAUUAAAUGCAAAUGUCUUGAUAAUCAGCUUUGCGACGAAAGAACUGGUCAGUGUCAUUGCCCACCAUACGUCGACGGUCAGUCUUGCGACAAAUGUGUCUCUCAUGCAUUUGGAUAUGACCCGCUAAUUGGCUGCCAGCUUUGCGGAUGUGUGCCAGAGGGCUCCGAACAUGCCCAACUACAAUGUGAUCCUAACAGUGGACAAUGCCUAUGUAAAGCGAAUAUAGGUGGAAGAAAAUGCGAUAAAUGUCUAUCGGGAUAUUAUGGAUUUCCGCUUUGCUUCGAAUGCGCUUGUGAUAUUCGAGGAACCACAGAAGAUAUAUGCGACCCUAAAACUGCUCAGUGCAAAUGCAAAAAAAAUGUAAUUGGUGAUAACUGCGAUACAUGUCGAGUAGGUACAUUUGAUUUGCAAACGAUGAAUCCUGACGGUUGUUCAGAAUGUUUUUGUUUUGGAGCUACAGAUCGUUGCCGUUCAGCUUAUUUUCCUAUUAGUUUUCGAAAUUUUGACGAAGAAGGAUGGAAUGUGACUGAUGAAAAUGGCGAACUAUCUCAUGCGGAUGGUACAUUUCGUUAUACUUCGUCUGGAAAUGCACCUUCAAGUGAUGUUUACUUUCUCGUACCUCUGCAAGAUGUCGAUUAUACAAAUUCAUAUGGUCUUAAGCUAACAUUCGUGAUCUCUUCGUUUCCAAGCAAUGCGGUGUCGAAAAUGAACACUGCUGCAGAUGUGCAACUCAUCAGCUCAAAUAUGAUAUUAGAAUUUUGGGCCAGUGAACAGCCUUCAGAUCCAAAAAAACCGUUUCCAGUUGAAGUCAAAAUACUUCCAGAGAAUUUUCUGACUAAUAAGGGUGAAAGAAUUUCUCGUGCCGAUUUAAUGCUUGUUUUGCAUGGUCUUAAACAACUUCGGAUUAAGGCUUGCUAUUAUUCUGAUUGCCAGUCGGCUACUAUUAGUGAUUUUCAACUAGAAGUGGCUAGAGACGAUCAGAAUUCUUUCGAUAAUUUGUUCACUGCUACUUCUAUAGAAUUAUGCAGUUGUCCCCCUCCCUACAGUGGUUCUUCUUGUCAGCUUUGCUCGCCAGAACAUUAUCGUGUUUCAUCCGGUCAAUAUCUUGGGGCAUGUAUUCCAUGCGAAUGUAAUCGUCAUUCUGGUUCUUGCGAUGUUAACACUGGUGUAUGUUUUGACUGCCAGCAUAAUACUACUGGUGAUCAUUGUGAACUUUGUAUUGAAGGAUUCUAUGGUGAUGCUACUACAGCUAGCCCGUACUCAUGCUUGCCUUGUGCUUGUCCAUAUUCUUCAGUUUCAAAUAAUUUUGCUGUUAGUUGCCAGGUUACUGAAACCGGACUAUUGCAAUCCUGCAAAUGCAAAACCGGCUACACAUCAGAUCGUUGUGAUAGGUGCGACGUUGGUUUUUAUGGACAACCAUUGCAAAUAGAUGGUUCAUGCAAAAAGUGCUAUUGUAAUGAAAAUAACAAUUUAAGUCUUCAUGGCUCAUGUAAUCCUAUUAGUGGUAUCUGCGAUUUGUGUGAAAAUAACACCGAUGGAAACCACUGUGAAAUUUGUAAAGAGUGGUAUUAUGGCGAUGCAAUUAAAGCAAAAAACUGUUCGGAAUGUUCUUGCAACAAAUGUGGAAGCUCGACUUGCGAUAGUAUUUCCGGUCAGUGUUACUGCUAUCCAUACGUUGAAGGGAGUGAAUGUGAUCGUUGCGUGGAGAAUGCAUGGGGAUUUUCAAGUUGCCAAGGUUGUCAACCAUGCCACUGUUCAUUAGCAUCUUCUUCAACUCAGUGUCAUCCGGAUACAGGAAAAUGCACUUGUAUGCCAGGAGCAACUGGUCCAACAUGUGAAUCUUGCGAAAAUGGAUAUUGGAAUUAUACCGCUUAUGGCUGCAAAAAAUGUGAUUGUGAGGCUGAUUUAUCAAGGGGUACAGUAUGCGAUGUUAGAACUGGACAGUGCCACUGUCAGGAAGGAGCCACUGGACCCCGAUGUAAUCAGUGCCUUCCAGAAUAUCUUCGUAUACCUGUGCAUGGUUGCAAAUUUUGCGAUGAAUGUGUGCAUUCGCUGAAUAAUGAUGAUCUCUUCACACUGGAUUCUUCUUUGGACUUAAUCGCUACUUCGAUUGGAAACAUUUCGACAACAGUUUUAACUGGCGCCCGUUUACGACGAAUUGAAGCAAAAAUCCAAGAAACGAACAUAAAAUUGGAUAAUUUUUCUGAAGCCGACAUCCGUGCUGACAUUGAAACUCUGAAAGAGAAAAUGAACUCGUUGAAAUCACCAGCAAGUGCAAUAACAAUUCGUUUAAAUCGCUCGAUGGAUAUGCUUCAUUCAGUUCAGCUAAAACUUGACAAAAUUGUUAAAGACACUGAAGAGAUUUCCGCUAAUUCUUUCGAUCGUAUUGAAAUCGCUUCGUGGGUUGUCGAUCAUCUCAAAAACUUAAUUCGUGCAAUUAGAGAAGGUUUAGACACGGCGGAUAGGCAAAGAUGGAUUGGUCGGGCUGAGGAUUUGUUGGCGCAAAUGAAAAAUAUUUCUAUCGACUCUUCGGAAGGUAUUGAAAAAAUAACGAAACUAAUGAAAAAUCAAGUUGAUCAGUUACCGAUAUUUGCAUUUGCAUCAUCAGUUAAAGAACUUCAAAAAGAUUUGAAUGAACUCGCAUCGAAUUUGGAUGUAAUGGAGAAGAGUACCGCUGCGAUCGAUGAGAAUAUUAGUGUUUUUAGUGUUUCCCAACAAGCAGUUGAUAAUCUUCUUGAAGAAUUAAAUGAAACAAUGACAAAAAUUUCCGCACGCAUUGAAUUUAAUAGUCGUUUUAAAAGGGAAGUUAAUAAGUUUGAUUAUGAGAAGAAAACAGAAUUACUGGAAGAAGAAGCAGCGCGAUUGUCAAGUAUGUUCGGUGGUACACGAAUUGAAGCAGAAAAUGGUGUUCGGGCAGCUAAUGCGUACAAAGAAGUGGUCGAAAUGUUGCAAGCAGCAGGAAAUUCAUCUAAUGAUGCAGAAAAUUAUGCAAAAGAAGCAAAACAUUUGGGUGAAGGACAAGCAAAUGCAGCAAAAUCUUCGCGAGAAAAAUCAGCGUCUUUACUACGAUCAACUAGUUUAAUAAAGAGUGAGAUGAUCAACGAAGUUUCAUCUUCAAAAAUAGCACUUAGCAAACAACUAUCGAAUGUGAAUCAGUCAAUUAAUGAUCAGCAAAGUCGGGUGGACAGUCUCCGAUCAAAAUAUGAUGACCAAGAUAUUGAUGGAAAGACGAAACAAGCGAUAACGAUAGCAUCUGAUGCAAUGUCAAAAGUUAAUAAGGCUAAUGAAUUAAGGGCUGUUCAACCUCAAAUUUCGAGUUUAAUUAUGGAUUCAGAAGUAUUCAUUAAUCGAAAUGUAAAAUCCGUUGAUGAUAUCAACUCUGCGCGAAAUCAAAUCAAUCAGGUCAUUCACAACAACAUUUCGAAAUUAAUACAACCAACCAUUGUUCAGCUUUCAAAUCUGCAGGAUCUAAUGCUUAAUAAGACAAAUGAUAUCAAACUUCGACAAGAAAAAAUGGAUUCAUUGAAGGAAAAAAUUUCUCUUGCAAGAGAACUGGCUAAUCGAAUAAAACUAGGAGUUCAUAUGGAAAAAAAUAGUAUUUUGGAAUUGCCAUUAGGAAUGCGUAUAGCUCGUUCCGCUCUCCAUACAAACAUUGACUUUUCAUUCAGAACUUUCCUGCUUAAUGGACUUUUAUUAUUCUAUGGAAAUGAACAGAGUACUGCGGGCACUCAAACGAGCGAUUAUAUUGCUAUUGAGAUUGAAAAUGGCAAUAUCCGAACAAUUGUUGAUCUAGGAGCUAUUCCAACUAUUGUUGAAUCAAAAACAGACGUAGCAGAUGGACGUUGGCGUAAAAUUUCAGUGGAACAGUUGGGGAAAUCGGUCUCCCUGCAUAUUUAUCAACCAAUUUCACAUGUCGUUGAAGAAGUACGAAAUGCCACUGUAUCAGGACCGAAAUUCGUAUUAAAUCUCCAUCCCAAAAGAAGCAGAUUGUUCAUUGGUAGUAUUCCACCAAACGUAAAUGUUGCAUCAGAUAUUCAAAACCGUUAUUUUAUUGGAGAUAUCGAACAGUUGACGAUUAAUGGAAAUGCUAUUGGUUUAUGGCUUAGUAAAGAAGGCACUAGCCGAAAUGUUCAAGGCGCUGAGAAGCAACCGAUGAUUGCAACCUCAACCAUUGAUGAAUCGUUAGGCUUCAAUGGUAACGGCUAUAUUAUUCAACGUAUGGGACAAUGGAAUCCUAGUAAAAAAACAGAAUUUUCACUGCGUUUUCGCACAUUUUCUCCUGAUGGCCUUCUUUUGUACUUUGGAAAAGAACGUGACUUCUUGGCGCUGAGAAUAAAUGAUGGUCAAGUCGAGCUUUCUUAUGAUUUUGGCUCUGGUGUUGGCAGAGUUAUAUGUCAAAAGAAGAAUUAUAAUGAUGGCAAUAUGCAUUCUGUGUAUGUGCAUCGAAUAGGUCAUGAAAUAAAGCUGCAUGUCGAUGAAGAUGAUUUAACAGAAGCAAAGUUGCCUGACGAUAAUUUUGAACUCGAACUUAUUGAUGUAUUUUAUAUUGGAGGAGUACCAUCUGAUGUAUCUACGCGAUUUGCAGUCAUUCCAUUCACUGGUUGUAUUGAAGGAAUUAGGCUUGAAAUGAAUUUUAUCCAUUUGAGUGAUGCCAAAGCGAUAAAAGAAGUCCAGAGCAGUUGUUCAGAUAAAACUAUUCGGCUUGUCUCACUUAUAUCUGAGCGCUCAUUUGUUCAUUUCUCAAAUUCAACUAUUGCUAAAAAUAUCGAAUUUAUGUUCCAAUUCAAAACGAAAAAGCCGAUUGCUGUUUUGGCUACGAUAGUAUCUGACGAAAUGGAGAACGUACUUCAAGUCCGUCUCGAAAGUGGAUUUGUUUACGUGGUAUUAGGCGGAGAUACUAAGGAUACGCUGAAAGUCGAAACUGAUUCUCUUUCCGAUGGUCGUUGGCAUUUUAUAUCGGUUGCAAAAACUUCUAAAAUUAAAAUAUAUAUUGAUGAUUUACACUCAAAUGAAGCCUAUGUUCCUGUGGAUUACGAUGAGACUUUUGGCCAGAAAAACAUGUUGUUCUUUGGCAAGGAUCCAUUUUCGAAUUUGAGCUUUGAAGGAUGUAUUGGUGAUUUGGUAGUAAAUAACCAUCUGCUAGAUUUUUCUGAGGCUGAAACGAGAGAGGUACAACUGAAUAGUUGUUAUAUUGUUGAAAAUGAUAUAAUUUCCUUGCCAGAAUUGAAACAAUCUACUUCGAUGAGUUUAAAAUCGGAAAAUAAUGUCGAUAGCUCGUUUACUACUAAUUUUCCAGUUAUUCAUGAAGCGACGAAAGAACCAUUUCGCACAAAAUCAAAGGUUCGUUCUUUGAACGACUGUGCCUUACGAAAAGCGCCAUAUGAACAGCUUGAAGGUCUAAAUGGAAAGCGCUACGGUUUAACACCAACAUCUCGCCAAGAAUAUCACAAUGUACUUGCAUCUUUUGAUAAAAAGGUCACAAUCUCAAUGGAAGUACAAGCGACUGCAUCAAAUGGUGUCCUUUUAUUCGUAACGAAUGAACAACAUACUGACCAUCUUUCUUUGUUUCUUGUUAAUGGCAUCGUUCACUUCACUUACAAUUCUGGCACUGGACAAGCAACGCUUUUCUCGAAUCGUAGUAUUAUUGAUGACGAGUGGCAUACGAUUAUUAUAGAACGUGAUGGCGCAAUUGGAAAGCUUUUCAUCGAUGAUAAUCUAGAAUCAGUUGACAAUUCCUCGGUUGGAACAGAUGCAGUGGAUAUUCAACCUCCGAUUUACAUUGGAGGGAUCCCUUCAGAUCUUCGACCAAUCGCAGCGGUUCUUGUUCCAAAUGUGAAGGCUGGUUUUGGUGGAUGCAUACGCGAAUUGAAAUUGAACGACGAGGCGAUUGGUAACGAACCAAAGGAAUUUGGCAUCGCACCUUGCAAUCGAACUGUAGAGAGCGGUUUAUAUUUUGGCCAAGAAGGAGGAUAUGUUGUGCUUAAUGAUAAUUUUAAGGUAAUAACGAAUAUCAUUGAAUUUGACAUACGUCCGCGUACCAACAAUGGAAUACUUCUUUCUGUUGGUAGCAAUGAAUGUCUCGCUGUUCAACUUUUAAAUGGAACUGUUCAAUUUACUAUAGACAAUGGUGCUGGUAAGGAAAAAGUAAUACAUUUGCCGGGUGCUAGCAAUGCAGUAUGUGAUGGGCAUUGGCAUUAUAUGAAACUAUACAAAACCAAAAAUUUGAUGACUUUAACCGUCGAUGGUAAGAGUAGUCUUCAUAUUAUGAAAAAAGGUAAAAAAACUGAAACAACUACAAACGAUCCUUUUUAUCUAGGUGGAAUUCCAAAACAUGCGAAGCAGGCUUGUUUAGAUAUUAUGGAAAAUUUCAUUGGAUGUGUUCGAGUUUAUAAUAUUGGAAAAAAACCGAGAAAGAAGAAAAACAUCAAUAUUGAUACGUUACCAGCAUACGGUGAUGUUAUCAGAAAUCAGUGUCCAGUGAAUUAA